GAGCCUUCACCUCCACGUUCCGCCGCAUCCCGCCGAGCGCGCCCAUUGGCUACCGCGCGCGCGCCGCCUCCCUUGUGCGUCCUUCUAUUGGUCGGUCGAGCCGUCGAUCAGCGAGGCGCGCUGUUAUUGGUUAGAGGCCGUCCGAGCCCGCCCCGCUGGCGGCCACCGCCCGCCCUGGCCGAGCGGGACGGGGCGGGGGGCGACCAUGGCGGCGGCGGCGGCGGGGGGGCCCGGGCGGCGGCGGCGAGGACGGCGAGGACGGCGAUGUCCCCCGCCGCCACCCGCCUGCAGGCCUACGCCUGGUGCCGCGAGUUUCUGGCCGGCUCCUGGAAGCUCAUCAGCCCGGAGGAGUUCGGGAUCUGGCCGGUCAGCGGGGGGCUCAGUAACCUCCUGUACAAGUGCGCACUGCCCGAGCACAUCCCGAGCGUGGGGGACGAGCCCCGGCAGGUGCUGCUGCGCGUCUACGGGGCCAUCCUGCAGGGCGUGGACUCGCUGGUGCUGGAGAGCGUCAUGUUCGCCAUCCUGGCCGAGCGCGCGCUGGGCCCGCGCCUCUUCGGGGUGUUCGCUCAGGGCCGCCUGGAGCAGUACAUCCCGGUAGGAUCGGGGGUCCCGGGGGUCCCCCGAACCCCCGGGCGCCCCCCGAACCCCCCGUCCCCCCAGAGCCGGCGGCUGCGCACCGAGGACCUGCGGGACCCCGCCGUGUCGGCCGAGAUCGCCGAGAAGAUGUCGCGAUUCCACGGGAUGGAGAUGCCCUUCAACAAGGAGCCCAAGUGGCUCUUCGGGACCAUGGAGGGGUACCUGCAGCAGAUCUCCCAGCUGACAUUCUCGGAGCAGGCACAGCUGGAGCAGCUGGAGCAGCUCCGGGGUUACAACCUGGAGCAGGAGAUGAAGAGCCUCAGGGCCCUGCUGGAGGCCACCCCGUCCCCGGUGGUUUUCUGUCACAACGACGUGCAGGAGGGGAACAUCCUGCUCCUGGCGGGGCGCGAGGGCUGCUCCGACCGCCUCAUGCUCAUCGACUUCGAGUACAGCAGCUACAACUACAGGGGCUUUGACCUGGGCAAUCACUUCUGUGAGUGGGUUUACAGCUACGGCCACGGGCCCUGGCCCUGCUUCCAGGCACGGCCCGAGCACUACCCCAGCCGCCAGCAGCAGCUCCAUUUCAUCCGGCAUUACCUGGCCGGGGCCUCGGCUUUGGGGCCCAGCUCCCCCCGGGAGCAGCAGCGGCUCGAGGAGGAGAUGCUGCGGGAGAUCGACCGCUUUGCCCUGGCCUCACACUUUUUCUGGGGUCUGUGGUCGGUGGUGCAGGCCAAGAUCUCCGACAUCCACUUCGGGUACCUGGACUACGCCCAGAGCCGUUUCCAGGCCUAUUUCCAGCACAAAGCUCGCUGCUCCUGAGGGACCCCCGGAUCGGGACCCCCCGAAUCCCCCGCAGCGCUUUGGGGGGGCUGUCGGGAGGCUUUGGGGGGGUUAGGACGGUUUGGGGGGGUUUAAAACGGUUUAAAACGGUUUAAAACGGUUUUAAAACGGUUUGGGGGGGCCCCACCACGGCCUGGGGCAGCUGAGACCCCCCAGGACCCGGCAGCAGAGGUGGGUGGGACCCCCGGGUGGGACCCCCCCGGAUGGGUGGGAUUUGGGGAGGGGGCACCCCCGAAUCGCCCCCCAGGCCAGUCACGGGGUUCGGGGCGGUUUGGGGGUCUCGGGGUCUGCGCCCCCCUGUGCCCCCUGCCCGCAGCUCCGGGGCCGGGGGGGUCCCGGGCCCCCCCAGUUCGACCGCAGAAUGUAAAACUCAGACCAAUAAAGCCGCGCUGGGGCGGGGCUGCCCCAAAUUCCCGCCCCGAAAUUCCAGCUUUGGAUUCCCCCC